UAGAAAGAAGAAAAAGGAACACAGACAGUUCAGGAUAGCAGAGGAGUUUUGAGGAUAUUUGAGGAAAGAGAGCAGCUGGCUAGGCUCAGAGAUUCAGAUAGAUACAUUAGAAAUGUUUAGGAAAAUCCAGGACUGAAGACUAGACUGGAAAUUUAAAAAACAAAAUCCGAGAAAACAUCAGCAACAACUAUACUACUGACAAAAGAACUGCAUAGAGGUGUCCAUAAAGUUUCCAGGAAUCAACUUCAGAUAUCAUUUUGUAACAAUGGCCAAAAGUGAAGAACAAAAUCAAACCAUUACCAAAUUUCUUUUGCUGGGAUUUGGAGAUUUUGGUGAUCUGCAGUUUCUUCUCUUUGUCCUCUUACUGAUGGUCUAUAUUAUGACCAUGGUUGGGAAUAUCCUUAUCAUUGUCCUGAUUGUUACUGAUUAUCAUCUUCACACUCCUAUGUACUUCUUCCUGUGUAAUUUGUCCUGUCUUGAGACAUGCUAUAGCUCUAAUAUUCUUCCAAUAACAUUGACCAACCUUCUAUGUAAGGAUCCAAUAGCUAUUUCUAUAAUUGGCUGCAUGAUACAAUACUACUUCUUUGGUUUCUUGGCAGCCUCUGAAUGUUACCUUCUAGCAGCAAUGUCUUAUGAUAGAUAUGUAGCAAUCUGUAAUCCACUACUUUACAAAGCCAUUAUGAAUGGCAGGGUUUGUCUGAAGCUUGUGGCUGGAUCCUGGAUAGGUGGCUCAUUGGCUAUUAAUAUAACUAUGUAUCUAAUGUACCAGCUAAAAUUCUGUGGCCCCAUUGAAAUCAACCAUUUCUUUUGUGAUUUCAAUCCAAUAUUAAAUCUUGCAUGCAACAAUACACAUGUGAUUGAAAUUUUAACUGCAUUAUUAGCUGCUGCAUGUUCAUUGCCACCUUUUAUGUUGACUUUGACAUCCUAUGUUCAUAUAAUUUCUACUAUUGUGAAAAUGCCAUCCGCCAAUGGAAGGCAAAAGGCAUUCUCAACUUGUUCCUCACACCUCGUGGUGGUGUCCCUUUUCUAUGGUUCAAUAAUGAUUGUCUACAUUUUGCCUAAAACAGAUGGACUGCGAGAAAUCAACAAAGUCUUGUCUCUGUUUUAUACAGUCCUGACACCUUUAUUAAAUCCCUUGAUAUACAGUCUAAGAAAUAGGGAGAUAAAAGAGGCUUUUGGAAAAGCAGUUACUAAAUUAUGUGCUGUUAAAAAAAUACACCACUGGAAUUUAGUUUGAAUGUUUAAUAAAAUGCUAGUUGGGUUCCUAUUUGGUUAAAGAUGUUGGUUUAUUGUCUCUUUCUCUUCCACUACACAAAGCAACUAUUUUUUCAAAGGGUACAUGUGAUUAAGAUGUCUUCUGUUGAUUUAAUUAAAAUCUGGUGGAUUCACAGUAAGACCAUGAUUUCUGCCGAAACACAUUGCUGCUUUUAUAAUACUUCCUGGAUUGACCAUGCAACCAUAAUGUUAUGGAAAGCUAUGAUAGCACCGAAUGUAUGAGGCAAAUACAGUCAUAUCAGUUGAGUUUCUUGUAGUACUAUUCAUGUUGAACUCUGUCCCCUUCCACUUAAUCUAAUUUAUACUAUGGACCAAAUAAAUUAGAUAAAUAGAUUCUGUCUUUUAUAAAUAAAUAAAUAAAUACAACAAACAGAUAAACCUUUUACUAUAUUAUUCAAAGUAUGUUUUACACAUGUUAUAUUUAGAGUUUCCCCAGUAACUUAAAAUGUAUGUUCUCUACUUUCAGCUCAACAGAUUGCAAUUUAGCACAAUAUAAUAAUUUAUUAUCUUCAUUUGCUUAAGCUUGUCUCAUAUAUAAAUAUAUUAUUUAAUAUAAGCAGUAUACUGAUACUAUAUAAAUACUAAAUGUUUAAUCAGAAUAUAAUUGUGUGAUGUGAAGUGUUGUGUCCUGAGCCUGCAAAGGCAGGCUCGGGAUGUUGCAAUGGUCCCGGGCAGUUGCAAGCUGCCCGGGACCAGACUGGCUGGUGCCAGUGCUUGCGCGCAUGCGCGGGGCGCGCAGCACACCUAAAUGUUGCUUUUUGGCUCGGGAAUCAUCUUUAAGAGAAGCUGAGAGGUUUGUUCUGCUCAGAGUUGUAACGGGGGCUACUGAAGACCAAUAAAGAGUUCC